CAGCUGGUCCCCGCCCGCCAGCUCGCCGGUGCUGCUGCCUCGGCUCAGCGUGACUUCUUUGUGUUUUGCUUUCUGCCCGCGCCUCUCCUCUGCAGGACCUGUUCGUCCUUCUUCGGGCUACAAGAAGGCAGAUGAUGAGAUGUCCCGGGCCACGUCUGUUGGAGACCAGCUGGACGCACCAACCCGCACCAUUUACCUCAACCAAGCGCAUCUCAACAAAUUCCGUGACAACCAGAUCAGCACGGCCAAGUACAGCGUGGUGACAUUUCUACCUCGGUUCUUGUACGAGCAGAUCCGGAGAGCUGCCAAUGCCUUCUUCCUCUUCAUUGCCUUACUACAGCAAAUUCCAGACGUAUCUCCGACAGGAAGAUACACCACCCUGGUGCCACUGAUCAUUAUUUUAACCAUCGCGGGCAUCAAAGAGAUUGUAGAAGAUUUUAAGCGGCAUAAGGCAGACAGCGCAGUUAACAGAAAGAAAACCAUAGGUAAGACGCCGGCCUGGGUGGCAGUGGGAGACAUCGUGAAGGUCAUCAACGGGCAGUAUCUUCCAGCAGACAUGGUCCUGUUCUCCACCAGUGAACCUCAGGCGAUGUGUUAUGUUGAAACAGCCAAUCUCGAUGGGGAGACGAACCUGAAAAUACGGCAGGGUUUGAGUCACACGGCUGACAUGCAGACCAGGGACGUGCUCAUGAAGUUGUCUGGGACCAUCGAGUGUGAAGGGCCCAACCGCCACCUCUAUGACUUCACCGGAAACUUGAACUUGGAUGGAAAAAGCCCUGUUUCCCUUGGGCCCGACCAGAUCUUACUAAGAGGCACACAACUUAGGAACACUCAGUGGGUCUUUGGCAUAGUUGUUUACACUGGACACGACACCAAGCUCAUGCAGAAUUCCACCAAAGCACCUCUCAAGAGAUCGAAUGUUGAGAAGGUGACGAACGUGCAGAUCCUGGUGCUGUUUGGCAUCCUCUUGGUCAUGGCCUUGGUGAGCUCCGUGGGAGCCCUGUACUGGAAUGGGUCCCAAGGGGAAAAGAACUGGUACAUCAAGAAGAUGGACACGAGCUCGGACAAUUUUGGGUAUAACCUGUUGACCUUCAUCAUUCUGUACAACAACCUCAUCCCCAUCAGUCUGCUGGUGACUCUCGAGGUGGUGAAGUACACGCAGGCCCUCUUUAUAAACUGGGACACAGACAUGUAUUACCUGGGAAACGACACCCCUGCCAUGGCCAGGACGUCGAACCUGAAUGAGGAGCUCGGGCAGGUAAAAUACCUGUUUUCUGACAAGACCGGAACUCUUACGUGCAACAUCAUGAACUUCAAGAAGUGCAGCAUCGCUGGGGUGACGUAUGGUCAUUUUCCAGAAUUGACAAGGGAACCAUCCUCAGAUGAUUUCUGCCGGAUGCCUCCUCCCCCCAGUGACUCCUGUGACUUUGACGACCCCCGGCUCUUGAGGAACAUCGAAGACCAUCACCCCACCGCCCCUUGCAUCCAGGAGUUCCUCACCCUUCUGGCCGUGUGCCACACCGUGGUUCCGGAGAAGGACGGAGACAGCAUCGUCUACCAGGCCUCGUCCCCAGAUGAGGCCGCUUUGGUGAAAGGAGCUAGGAAGCUGGGCUUUGUCUUCACGGCCAGGACGCCCUACUCCGUCAUCAUAGAAGCGAUGGGACAGGAACAGACAUUUGGAAUCCUUAAUGUCCUGGAAUUUUCCAGCGACAGAAAGAGAAUGUCUGUGAUUGUGCGAACCCCUUCGGGACAGCUGCGGCUCUACUGUAAGGGGGCUGAUAAUGUCAUUUUUGAGAGACUUUCCAAAGAUUCAAAAUACAUGGAGGAAACAUUAUGCCACCUGGAGUAUUUUGCCACGGAAGGCUUGCGGACUCUCUGUGUGGCUUACGCCGACCUCUCUGAGAGUGAGUACGAGGAGUGGCUCAAAGUCUAUCAGGAGGCCAGCACGAUCCUGAAGGACCGAGCUCAGCGGCUGGAGGAGUGUUACGAGAUCAUUGAGAAGAAUCUACUGCUCCUUGGAGCCACGGCCAUAGAAGACCGUCUUCAGGCAGGUGUGCCCGAGACCAUCGCGACUCUGUUGAAGGCAGAAAUUAAAAUAUGGGUGUUGACAGGAGACAAACAGGAAACUGCAAUUAACAUAGGUUAUUCCUGCCGGCUGGUAUCACAGAAUAUGGCCCUUAUCCUAUUGAAGGAGGAUUCUUUGGAUGCGACGCGGGCAGCCAUCACCCAGCACUGCGCGGACCUCGGGGGCCUGCUGGGCAGGGAGAACGACGUGGCCCUCAUUAUCGACGGCCACACGCUGAAGUACGCGCUGUCCUUCGAGGUCAGGAGGAGCUUCCUGGACCUGGCCCUGUCGUGCAAGGCUGUCAUCUGCUGCAGGGUCUCUCCGCUGCAGAAGUCGGAGAUAGUGGACGUGGUGAAGAAGCGGGUGAAGGCCAUCACGCUGGCCAUUGGGGACGGGGCCAACGACGUCGGGAUGAUCCAGACAGCCCACGUGGGGGUGGGGAUCAGCGGGAACGAGGGCAUGCAGGCCACCAACAACUCGGACUACGCCAUCGCACAGUUUUCCUACUUGGAGAAGCUCCUGCUGGUUCAUGGCGCCUGGAGCUACAACCGGGUGACCAAGUGCAUCCUGUACUGCUUCUACAAAAACGUGGUCCUCUACAUCAUCGAGCUUUGGUUCGCCUUCGUAAAUGGAUUUUCCGGGCAGAUUUUAUUUGAACGUUGGUGCAUCGGCCUGUACAACGUGAUUUUCACGGCGUUGCCCCCCUUCACGCUGGGCAUCUUCGAGAGGUCGUGCAGUCAGGAGAGCAUGCUGAGGUUCCCACAGCUCUACAGAAUCACCCAGAACGCCGAGGGCUUCAACACAAAGGUUUUCUGGGGUCACUGCAUCAACGCCCUGAUCCACUCCCUCAUCCUCUUCUGGUUUCCCAUGAAGGCGCUGGAACACGAUACCGUGUUGGCCAACGGUCAUGCCACCGACUAUUUAUUUGUUGGGAAUAUUGUUUAUACGUAUGUUGUUGUUACUGUUUGUCUGAAAGCUGGUUUGGAGACUACAGCUUGGACAAAAUUCAGUCACCUGGCCGUCUGGGGAAGCAUGCUCAUCUGGCUGGUGUUUUUUGGCGUCUACUCAACCCUCUGGCCCACCAUUCCCAUCGCUCCAGACAUGAAGGGACAGGCGACCAUGGUCCUGAGCUCUGUGCACUUCUGGCUGGGAUUAUUUCUGGUUCCUACCGCAUGCCUGAUCGAGGACGUGGCGUGGAGAGCGGCCAAGCACACCUGCAAGAAAACGCUGCUGGAGGAGGUGCAGGAGCUGGAAACGAAGUCCAGGGUGAUGGGCAGAGCGAUGCUCCGGGACAGUAACGGAAAGAGGAUGAACGAACGGGACCGGCUGCUGAAGAGGCUGAGCAGGAAAACGCCGCCCACCCUGUUCCGCGGAGGCUCCCUGCAGCAGUCCGUGCCCCAUGGGUACGCCUUCUCCCAGGAGGAGCACGGAGCCGUCACUCAGGAAGAAAUAGUCCGCGCUUACGACACCACCAAACAGAAAUCGAAGAGGAAGUAAGACGCAGGCCUUCCCGCGGGCUCCCCGAAGGGGCGGCGGCGGCGGCACGCAGUGUUCGCGCAUCCCUGGCGGAAGAGGCCGGUGGCGGCAGCCAGAACACUGGGACACCCAUUCUGUGGCCUUAGCCGACCGGUUUGCUAGUCCCACUCACCCCGCAAACCCGAGGGCUCCCCGCGGGGGGGCCCUUCCUUCCCUUCCAGCCCGGCUGCAGCGCUUGGCCCGCCUUUCGUUUACGCUGUUAGGAAGCGUUCGACUCUGCUCUGUCAGGUGUGAAAUUAAAAACAUAAUGUUUCACCAAUA